GGCUACUUUCUCUUGGAUUUAUUGAGGGGCCAUAUAGUGCCACGUUAGCAUCAACAUGAACUGGGAACGAGAUAAAACAGUUGGGAUGGCCAUGGAGAGAUAGUGAGGUUGGGGUGGCUAUGGCGGUGAGUGCUUCGAUGCAUUUAGUGAAGAGCAGAACUCCGUUGGCUUGCGCUAAAGAAGAGAGCGAGUACAGGGUUCGCCACCCUGAGAACUCGUCUCCUAAUGCCCGGGUUUUGGUGCUGGGAGGUACGGGUCGGGUCGGAGGAUCAACAGCCAUCGCCCUCUCCAAUCUCCGUCCCGACCUCCGUAUCAUUGUUGCUGGUCGUAAUAGGGAAAAAGGUGCCUCUAUGGUGACUACACUCGGGGGGAACUCUCAGUUUGCUGAAGUCGAUAUUGAGAAUGUCAAAUCCCUGGAGGCAGCUUUAAAGGAUGUGGAUCUUGUAGUUCAUACUGCUGGACCUUUCCAACAGGCAGAGAGGUGCACUGUUCUGGAAGCUGCCAUACAAACCAAGACAGCGUAUGUUGACGUUUGUGAUGACACAACCUAUUCACGGCGUGCUAAAUCCUUCAAGGAUAGAGCAGUAGCUGCAAAUAUUCCAGCUAUAACAACAGGAGGAAUUUAUCCAGGAGUGAGCAAUGUGAUGGCAGCAGAACUAGUUCGUGCUUCAAGAAGUGAAAGUAAUGGUGAGCCAGAGAGACUACGAUUCUACUACUACACAGCAGGCACUGGUGGUGCAGGUCCUACUAUCUUAGCUACUAGUUUUUUACUUCUUGGAGAGGAAGUGGCUGCAUAUAAUAAAGGAGAAAUGAUCAAGCUGAAGCCUUAUAGUGGGAUGCUCAAUAUUGACUUCGGAAAAGGAAUUGGAAAGAGAGAUGUUUAUCUUCUGAAUUUGCCUGAAGUAAGAAGUGUACAUGAGGUCCUAGGAAUACCAACUGUUAGUGCUCGGUUUGGAACCGCACCGUUCUACUGGAAUUGGGGAAUGGCAGCUAUGACAAGUCUUCUUCCUGCGGAGUUUCUGAGAGACAGAAGCAAAGUCCAAGAACUAGUUCAACUAUUUGACCCUUUAGUUCGAGCAGUGGAUAGAAUUGCUGGAGAGCGCGUGUCAAUGAGGGUUGAUUUGGAGUGUUCAGAUGGGCGCAAUGCAGUUGGUAUAUUCAGUCACAGGAGACUCUCUGUUUCUGUGGGAAAUGCAACAGCUGCGUUUGCUCUAGCAGUUCUUGAGGGAAGCACACAGCCUGGGGUUUGGUUUCCAGAAGAGCCAGAAGGAAUUGCCAUCGAGGCGAGGGAAGUUCUACUCAAACGUGCUGCCCAAGGAACAAUCAAUUUUGUAAUGAACAGGCCACCAUGGAUGGUUGAAUCAGACCCAAAAGAGCUUGGAUUAGGAAUAUAUGUAUGAAUGUGCUUGGAAAUCAAAUUAUAACUCAAGAGGAAUGGUAUAACAGGCAGCAAAAUCACUGUAAAAGGAAUGAUAAUAGUGCUCUUGAUCUGUUUUUGCAUAAUCAUCUUCGGCGAAACUUAGGGAAAAGUCUACUUUUCACCUCUAAAUGAUUAGGUAUUUUACACUUUGGAGCCUAAA